AUCACCUCUAGAUCUUAUUAGUGAUAACAGACCUCACACUUUCUUUUAGUUGUAUUCAAUCUACACUUUAUGAUGUCAAAUAAAACAUUUUAUACAUCUGCAUACCUUAUACUUAAUGUAUUAUAUUUUAUUCAGUUUUGUUUCUACGAAUGUCAUGGAAAUCAAAACAGUACAAAUGAUAAAAAUGAAUUCAUAAUCAAAGUGCAGGGUCUUCCUUGGUCAACAACAAGUAAAGACAUCACAGCAUUUUUUAGUGAGUGUAACAUCAACAAUGAGACCUCCGGCAUUCACUUAAUCAUGACAAGAGAUGGAAGACCCAGUGGAGUAGCUUACGUUGAAAUGACAUCAGAACAGGACAUGGAACUGGCUUGUAAAAAAGACCAAGAGUAUAUGGGGAACAGAUUUGUUGAAGUAUUUCACGUCGAGAGAAGAGAAAUGGAAAGGGCCAUCAGAAGAAGCAACUUCAGUGUCAUACACACAUUAAAUGAUGGAUGCGUGCGCCUUCGGGGUUUACCCUUUAAAUGUUUAGAAGAAGACAUCGCCUAUUUCUUUAGGGGUUUCGAAAUAGUACCUUAUGGCAUCACAAUUGUGACUGACAGCAAUGGGCGACCCACUGGAGAUGCUUUUGUACAGUUUAGUAAUAAAGAAUUUGCGGAUAAAGCUCUCAAAAAGGACAAGAAGAAACUAUUUCACAGGUAUAUUGAAGUUUUUAGAAGCAGCUUGGGUGAAAUAAGAUUGGCAAAAAAGAAUCAACGGUCAAUAAUGGCAGCACUUGCUGAUUAUAAUGAAGAUUAUUCCAACAGGGUCAACCAUUAUAGAGGUCAUGAUGAUUUUGGGAGGCAAAUUAGAAACCCUUCGAACAAACACUUUGGGGCUGGAAAACCAAGGUUUAAAUCUGGAAGAAGCAAUCAAAUGAAAAAACUGGUGUACAUGCGAGGUCUUCCUUUCAGAGCAAAUAAAAGCGACAUUUUCAACUUUUUCAGUCCUGUCAGUCCAACCAAUAUCCACAUUAUAUAUAAUGUGAAUGGAAAGCCGACUGGUGAAGCAAAUGUGCAAUUUGGAUCUCAAGAUGAUGCAGUUAAAGCAAUGUCAAAAGACAAAAGUUUCAUGUACCAUCGAUAUGUUGAACUGUUCUUGAAUUAAAUCGAACACAAUUUUGGAAA